AUGCGCAGCCUUCCCAGGCCCAUUCACCCCAAGGCUGAGGCAAAGCCGAAAUCAAAGAUAUCGGCCUCCCGUAAGCUUUCUCUGAAGAUCCUGCUCCUGACCAGGGCCAAGGAGGAUCUGGAGAAGGAGAAGAUGGAGAGGGAUGAGGAGAAGGUGCGGUACCUGAGCGAGAAACUGCCCCCACUCCAGAUGUCAGGCAUGUCACUGGAGGAGCUACAGAAACUCUGCAGGCAGCUUCAUGAAAAAAUUGACGUUGUGGAUGAAGAGCGUUACGACUGCGAGGCAAAAGUGAUCAAGAACAAUCAAGACAUCCACGAGCUGAAGCUGAAGGUUCAGGACCUGGGUGGAAAGUUCAAGAAACCAGCUCUUCGCAAAGUUCGUGUCUCAGCUGAUGAGAUGAUGCGUGCCCUGCUGGGCUCCAAGCACAAGGGUUCCAUGGACCUGCGAGCCAAUCUCAAGUCUGUCAAGAAGGAAGAUAUUAAGCAGGAGAAGGUGCUCACCACCGAGGUUGGCGAUUGGCGUAAAAACGUGGAGGCCAUGUCUGGCAUGGAGGGCAGGAAGAAGAUGUUUGAUGCUGCUGGUGGAGCCCAGUGA